AGCGGCUCUGAGUCUCCUCCAAUCACAGAGAAAGAAAGGAAGGCGCGGGGAGGAAAAUGAAAAGAAGCCGGCCGCAGUGCGCAGGAGUGUGGAUGUCCUUUGACUCUCCGGGUAAAGAUGGCGGAGCGGGGCUACAGCUUUUCGCUGACUACAUUCAGCCCCUCUGGUAAACUUGUCCAGAUUGAAUAUGCUUUGGCUGCUGUUGCUGGAGGAGCCCCUUCAGUGGGAAUUAAAGCUGCGAAUGGUGUGGUAUUAGCAACUGAGAAGAAACAGAAAUCCAUUCUCUAUGAUGAGCGAAGUGUACACAAAGUGGAACCAAUUACCAAACAUAUAGGCUUGGUGUAUAGUGGCAUGGGCCCAGAUUACAGAGUGCUUGUGCACAGAGCUCGAAAACUAGCUCAGCAGUACUAUCUUGUUUACCAAGAACCCAUUCCCACAGCUCAGCUGGUACAGAGAGUAGCUUCUGUGAUGCAAGAAUACACCCAGUCAGGUGGUGUUCGUCCAUUUGGAGUUUCUUUACUAAUUUGUGGUUGGAAUGAAGGACGACCAUAUUUAUUUCAAUCAGAUCCAUCUGGAGCUUACUUUGCCUGGAAAGCCACAGCAAUGGGAAAGAACUAUGUGAAUGGGAAAACUUUCCUUGAGAAAAGGUAUAACGAAGAUCUAGAACUUGAAGAUGCCAUUCAUACAGCCAUAUUAACUUUAAAGGAAAGUUUUGAAGGGCAAAUGACAGAAGAUAACAUAGAAGUUGGAAUCUGCAAUGAAGCUGGAUUUAGGAGGCUUACUCCAACUGAAGUUAAGGAUUACUUAGCUGCCAUAGCAUAAUGAAGUGACUGGAAAAUUUGGAAUUUCAUAUAAUCUCUAUACUUAAACAUGUUUAAAGUAUGUUUUGCAGACUUUUUGCAUACUUAUUUCUAUGUGGUUUAAUGGACUGAUGUUUUUAAAAUGACACUUAUAAAUCAUAAUAAACUGUUAAAUUCAG